UGACUUCCCAAGAAGACAUGGCCCACGGGUUGAGAACCGCUGUUUUGAUGCUCCUUCAGAGAUGAAUUUCCUUGAUCACCCUUGGCUACUUAACUCUGCAGCCUCUUUUUCAUCCUUACACGCUGUGACACUUCCUGUCUCAGAAUCGAUCCACAGCUUUUUAUCUGGAAUACCCUCAUCUCCCUUACAUUUUCUUCAGCCGUAGCAAGCUACUCAGCACCUCUUCUCGCAGAACUAUUUCAUUCAGGGUUAAUUUACCAGCUUCCUCUCCAUGUGCUGCAAUCACCUGCUGUUGUGUGCACCUGUUACAUAAGGAUCCUUAAAGUAAUUGCCUGGUUUUAUUUGACUGGGAAUCCUAAAGAUUUAAAAUAAUGUCCUCUAUAUAAUCAAUAUAUGAUUACUAAAGAGAAGAGUGGCUAGUCACGGAGACCCCGGGGGAGACAUGAAACUUAAGCUGUGCCUCUCUGUCUCUGAGGAGGUAGCACGAGUGUUACACAGAAAUAGAAAAUGUAAUUCCAUGCAAUAGACAGAUUUGGCCUGUGGCAAAGUCACAAACAUCAUGCAGACUCCUGAGCCUCUUGGCCCCGAGCCACUCAGUUUCACCGUCUUAGACAGCUGUUGUAGGGCGUUUGUGUUAAACAAUUUCAUGUUAUAAUUGAUACGUACUUUUAUUACUACUAUGGAGUAGAAACAGUUUAAAUCCUGUGAGAAUACGUGUAUGGUUUGUUCUCGCUUUCUCCUCAGCCAUUCUCCUUCACCUGCAGCCAUCCUACAUCCACUCUCUGCAGUGAAAGCAUGUGAAGAAGUCCUGCCUGCAGGACAAGGAUCUCUUCAGCUCUUCAGAAGCACUGUGCUUCCUCAAACCUCUGCAUCCACAAGCUUUUAUAUCAGGGUAACAUUGCCCACUCCACUGUCUUUUGGCUGGCCCACUGUUAUCUGGCCUUCAAAACUUUGUUUAAUAUAGGCCAGUAUCUUAUAAGACAGUAAGUUAAAAGCUACUGUCUUCAGGAAGCUGCCCCAAACUUAUUCUCACCCCACAACUUGAGUCUGGGUUUCUUUUCCUUCUCCUCUCACAGAUCCUACAACUUCUUGAUCACCAUCAUCUAUUAUACCACAACCAAAACCUCUAUUCAUCUAAAGAAAUUGUACUUACAGAGGUCAUUUUGAUAAACAUUUCUAAAAAACCAGAGAAAAGAGGGGCCAUCAUACACACAUAGGAGUGGAAUAUAGAGGAAGAAAUGGUAGGAAAUUAACAAAAUUGAUGAGGCAAGUGUCUGUGUGAGGGGACCAGAGAGGCUGUUGAAGAUGACUAACCUUUACCGUGGGAUUCCAGCAUAACAUUCCAAUCUUCUGCAGCAGUGUUGGCUGUGGUUGUGAAAGGUAAAAGUUUCUUGUUGGAGGACACGCAUGGUGGUCACUGCGUAAAGUUUUUGUUUUUAUUGAAAAUUUAAAUAUGGAUAAGCUCUCCUAGGCCAUUAGGAAUAUGCUACAUUUAAGAGCAUGGGAAAGGAAGAGCCAAAGUGGUAACAACUAAAAGGGGAAGAUGGAGACUCGUUUAAUCCAUCCUCAUUUUACGCACUCUGCCAUCUUGUUUCAGCCCUAUCAAUCUUAGAGUUGCAGCAGACAACAGAGACACACUAGAAUUUCUCUAGCUACUGUCAAGUCAAGCAGAAAACUGAAUGAUCCCAUGGAAAGUGUCUCCACAGGAAACCAAACUGUCACCGAGUUUGUACUUCUUGGCUUCCAUGAAGUCCCUGGGCUGCACCUCCUGUUCUUUUCUGUUCUUACGAUCAUCUAUGCCUCCAUCAUCACAGGGAACAUGCUUAUUGUAGUGGUGGUGGUCAGCUCCCAGAGGCUUCACACGCCUAUGUAUUUCUUUCUGGUGAACCUGUCCUUCAUUGAGAUCCUCUAUACCUCCACAGUGGUGCCCAAAAUGUUGGAGGGCUUCCUACAGGAGUCUGCCAUCUCUGUGGCUGGCUGCUUGUUCCAGUUCUUCAUCUUUGGCUCUCUGGCUACAGAUGAGUGUUUUCUUCUGGCUGUGAUGGCGUACGAUCGCUACCUAGCAAUCUGUCACCCUCUAAGAUACCCAGUCCUGAUGGGACCUAGAUGGUGUCUGGGGUUGGUGCUCACAGUCUGGCUGUCUGGAUUCAUGGUGGAUGGACUAGUUGUUGCUCUGAUGACCCAGCUGAGAUUCUGUGGCCCCAACCAAAUUGACCACUUUUACUGUGAUUUCUCACCUUUGAUGGUCCUGGCCUGCUCAGACACUGGAGUGGUCCAGGGGACUACGUUGGUUCUCUCUGUUGUCUUCCUGACUGUCCCCUUUGGGCUGGUUCUGGUCUCCUACGCUCAGAUUGUAGUGAUUGUGCUGAGAGUUCCCUCUGGGGCCAGAAGAGCAAAGGCUUUCUCCACUUGCUCCUCUCACCUGGCUGUGGUGUCCACAUUCUAUGGAACACUCAUGGUCUUGUACAUUGCGCCCUCUGCUGUCCAUUCCCAGCUCCUCUCCAAGGUUGCUGCCCUGCUCUACACAGUGGUCACUCCAAUCUUCAACCCUGUCAUCUAUACCUUGAGGAACCAGGAGGUGCAUCAGGCACUAAGCAGGUUUCUCUACUGCAAAACAACUGAAAUGUGACCUAAGGGGGAUAGUGAAGAUUUUUUUUAUUGGACUUUCAGUGUCUUGAUGACUGAAAAGUCUCCCACAAUGGGCUAGAGAUGAGAACUUUGUUCUUUCCCAAAAUUUCCCUUUAGAUCUUCUGAAUUAUGCCCGAGGGGAAGACAAUGGUGUAACAAUUCUCAAAUGCUAGUAUUGUGGUUUGAAUGACAGUGGCCCCCACAGGCUCAUACAUUUGAAUUUUGGUCAUCAGGUAGUGGCACUAUUUGAAAGGAUUAGGAGGUGUGGCCUUGUUGGAGGAUGUGUGUCACUGGAGGUGGACUUUGACCUUUUGAGAGCCUAAGCUAGGCCCAGUGGCUCUUUCUCUUCCUGCUUCCUAUAGAUCUGGAUGUAGAACUCUUAGCUACUUCUCCAGCACCAUGGCCAUGUGUGUGCUGCCAGGCUACCUGUCAUCACAAUGGACUAAAUCUCUGAAAUUGUAAGCAAGCCUCUUUGAUAAGUGUUGCUGUAGUCAUGGUGUCUUUUCACAGAAAGAGAACACCGACUAAGACAGUUAGUUUAAGAGAUUAUGUAAACUAAUAUGGGUUUUUGAAAAUUGAACAUACCAUAAAUAGUGUGCUGUUUUGAUCAUCAAACAGGGUAGACAUGUACUGAUUUGUUAGUCUGUAGCCCAUUGCUGUAUAUAGUGCCACUACUACUGAUUAAUGAAAAGACAAUUAAAAAAAGAAAAUAUCAAUACUGAAACAAAUUUAGAAUUAAUCCUCACUUAUAUUACUAUAAGUGACAUUUAAAGAGUUUUUUUCUCUUGGGUGUGUGUGUGUCUACAGCUUGUAUAGUAGUAUUUGCAACUUGUUUUCCCACUGAAUAAUACAUCAUGAACAAAUCCUAUACUAACUAUUUCUUUCCACCUCUUUCUUCUUUUAAGUUUCUUCAUAUGGCUAACCAUAAUAGAAUAGUUUAAAUAAACUUCUGUUGUUAGGAAUGUUUAGCUAUACUCAGCUU